AUGUCAACCAGCAUUAGUUUGGAGGAACAAUUUCGAGGACUCGUUCUUUCUUUGAAGGAAAUGAAUCCUACGUGGAUGGCAUGUGAUAUUGCUGAUGAAGUACAAUCUUAUGAAAAUCCACCUCGAUUACGUCGUGAUGCAUUAAGAAGAAAAAUAAAUCGAAUAUUACGACGAGGGACAAUAAAAGAUAAACCAAGAUGUGGUGCACCACGAACUGUUCGAACAAAACAAUUGAAAAAAACAGUAAAACGUUUGUUACAUUUAACAAGAGGUCAAAGUCAAAGAAAAGUCGUAUCUUAUUUAAAACGUAACAAUAUUAAAGGUGAAAAAACGUCGGUGCAACGAGUAACUAAAGAAUUAAAUUUGAAGCCGUUUAAACUAAGAAAAGCUCAAAAACUAUCAAGAAUGAAUAGAGUACGACGUGUUGCUUGUGCGAAACAAUUAAUCAAAAAAUUCGGUGCAAGAAAAGCUAGGUCGAAAUGGCAAUGGAACAGAAUUAUUAAUACUGAUUUUUCAGGUAUAUUUACAAUUGAAGGUUAUUACAAUAGUAAAAAUGACGUGGUGUAUGCCGAAAAUUCAUCUGAAAUUUCUCCUGAUUUAAGAAAUGCGUCGAUUUCAAAAUAUCCAGUUGGUGUUAUGUUCUGGGGUGCAAUUUGUACGAAAGGGUUAAUACCACAAGAUGGUCCAAUAAAUUUUACUCAAUGGUUACGAGAUCAACGUCCAAAGAAUAAUUCUAAACGAUUUUACAUGACUGGUGAAUUAUAUGCUAAAUUUUUAGACGAAGAAGCUAUUCCAGCAAUUGCUGAAGUAGUAGAAGAUCAAGAUGAAUUUAUAUUUCAAGAUGAUCAAGACUCAAAACAUCGAACUAAAGUCGCUAUGAAUGUUAUUGCUGAUCAUUUUGAAGAAAGAAUCGAGCCAGAUGAUGGAGAUGCAAAAUUUGCAGAUGUAUGGCCUAUCGAAAAUGUUUGGGGAAUGCUAAAGGAAAAAACAAGAGCGCAAACAUUUGACAAUCUUGAUUCACUAGUCGAUUUUAUCAGUUUAGAAUGGCAAAAAAUUACACCUGAACAAUGUGAAGCGAUGAUAGAUAAGAUACCUAAACGUUUGGCACAGGUGAUACAGCGAGAUGGGAAUCAAGUUUAUAAAGACUGA